CGUGAGUUGUUCAUGAGUUGUGCAUGAAGAUUGUUUGAGCACAAGGUCUCUUUUUUUCAUCAGCAGAUUAAUACUCUUGAUCAGCCACGAAAGUUAAUAUCGUGGAUGUGGGCAAUAAUGACGGUGCCUAGGAGUGUGUUUUUACUCCUGCUUUUACAGUGUUUUACCGUAAGAACAUCAGGAACACGUGUCUCCAGCUGUGAUUCAUGUCACGAUGAAGCCGCCUGCCUCGAGUCUAGAGGAAGAGGCGACAUGUCAAGGCAAAUACUCUCUUGUGUCUGUAACGAUGGUUUUGUAGGUGACGGCCUCAUGUGUUACAAUAUAAAACUCUGUAGUGACUCUUCUUGCUGUAAAGAAGGUUAUCAGUGGUCACCAGACAGGGGCUGUGUGGACACAGACGAGUGCUCUCUUACAGACUCCCCAUGCAAACCAUCUCAGGUUUGCACAAACACUCCAGGCUCUUUCGUAUGCUUGGAGCCUUCCCCCAGCUCCAGAUCAGGUCCCUCCUCCCAGUCUGUCCAGUUCAGCUGUGGCUCCACUGUGUGUCCUUCAGGCACAGACUGUGUCAGAAUGAAUGGGACUCUCCAGUGUGCUGACCCCUGCCAGGAGUACACUGUGCUGAAUGAUGACUGGCGAUCAACAAAUAACACGUCCACCCAAAACCUACACUGUGACCGAAAUGUUGACUGGCAAGGCUGGUAUCGGCUGUUUCUGGGCCAAACCAGUGCUCAUAUUCCAGAGAGGUGUGUGGCUGAAAACAGUUGUGGAACCGAGGGUCCUCUAUGGCUAAAAACCCCUCAUCCCACACAGUCAGGUCAGAUUGUGAGCCGCACUGUGUGUAACUCAUGGUCAGGAAGGUGCUGUCGUUUCUCCUCACACACUAUCCAUGUCAAGCUCUGCUAUGGAAACUACUUUGUCUACAAACUUGUGCAGCCAAGCACAUGUUCGCUUGCAUACUGUGCAGAGGUGAACGAAGCAACUCCUGAAAAUCCUUCAACCACACCUGAUCCAAGUACAGCGACCUCUUCUGCCAGUCAGGUCAAUAUCACCUCCACCACAGCACCCGACAGCAGCUCAGCAGUUGAGGGUGAGGUCCGUCUGGUUAACAGAGGGAACCAGUCCUGCUCUGGCAGAGUAGAGAUCUUCCAUCGUGGACAGUGGGGGACGGUGUGUGAUGAUCAAUGGGGCCUGGCUGAUGCUCAGGUGGUGUGCAGACAGAUGGGCUGUGGCAGGGCUCUGUCAGCACCAUCAGCUGCCUAUUUUGGACAGGGCAGUGGACCCAUCUGGAUGGAUGAUGUCUCUUGCACAGGCAGCGAAUCAAAGCUUGGAGAGUGCAGGCACAGAGGGUUUGGAUCACACAACUGUGGACGCAAUCAAGAUGCUGGUGUCGUCUGUGAAGGAUCUAUUAGCACAGUUGUACCCACCACACCUAUUACAACACCUGGGAACAUCACCACCGCUCAAGUGACAGCUGACAUCCUCUCCACCACAACACCCGACAGCAGCUCAGCAGUUGAGGGUGAGGUCCGUCUGGUUAACAGAGGGAACCAGUCCUGCUCUGGCAGAGUAGAGAUCUUCCAUCGUGGACAGUGGGGGACGGUGUGUGAUGAUCAAUGGGGCCUGGCUGAUGCUCAGGUGGUGUGCAGACAGAUGGGCUGUGGCAGGGCUCUGUCAGCACCAUCAGCUGCCUAUUUUGGACAGGGCAGUGGACCCAUCUGGAUGGAUGAUGUCUCUUGCACAGGCAGCGAAUCAAAGCUUGGAGAGUGCAGGCACAGAGGGUUUGGAUCACACAACUGUGGACGCAAUCAAGAUGCUGGUGUCGUCUGUGAAGGAUCUAUUAGCACAGUUGUACCCACCACACCUGUUACAACACCUGGGACCAUCACCACCGCUCAAGUGACAGCUGACAUCCUCUCCACCACAGCACCCGACAGCAGCUCAGCAGUUGAGGGUGAGGUCCGUCUGGUUAACAGAGGGAACCAGUCCUGCUCUGGCAGAGUAGAGAUCUUCCAUCGUGGACAGUGGGGGACGGUGUGUGAUGAUCAAUGGGGCCUGGCUGAUGCUCAGGUGGUGUGCAGACAGAUGGGCUGUGGCAGGGCUCUGUCAGCACCAUCAGCUGCCUAUUUUGGACAGGGCAGUGGACCCAUCUGGAUGGAUGAUGUCUCUUGCACAGGCAGCGAAUCAAAGCUUGGAGAGUGCAGGCACAGAGGGUUUGGAUCACACAACUGUGGACGCAAUCAAGAUGCUGGUGUCGUCUGUGAAGGAUCUAUUAGCACAGUUGUACCCACCACACCUGUUACAACACCUGGGACCAUCACCACCGCUCAAGUGACAGCUGACAUCCUCUCCACCACAGCACCCGACAGCAGCUCAGCAGUUGAGGGUGAGGUCCGUCUGGUUAACAGAGGGAACCAGUCCUGCUCUGGCAGAGUAGAGAUCUUCCAUCGUGGACAGUGGGGGACGGUGUGUGAUGAUCAAUGGGGCCUGGCUGAUGCUCAGGUGGUGUGCAGACAGAUGGGCUGUGGCAGGGCUCUGUCAGCACCAUCAGCUGCCUAUUUUGGACAGGGCAGUGGACCCAUCUGGAUGGAUGAUGUCUCUUGCACAGGCAGCGAAUCAAAGCUUGGAGAGUGCAGGCACAGAGGGUUUGGAUCACACAACUGUGGACGCAAUCAAGAUGCUGGUGUCGUCUGUGAAGGAUCUAUUAGCACAGUUGUACCCACCACACCUGUUACAACACCUGGGACCAUCACCACCGCUCAAGUGACAGCUGACAUCCUCUCCACCACAGCACCCGACAGCAGCUCAGCAGUUGAGGGUGAGGUCCGUCUGGUUAACAGAGGGAACCAGUCCUGCUCUGGCAGAGUAGAGAUCUUCCAUCGUGGACAGUGGGGGACGGUGUGUGAUGAUCAAUGGGGCCUGGCUGAUGCUCAGGUGGUGUGCAGACAGAUGGGCUGUGGCAGGGCUCUGUCAGCACCAUCAGCUGCCUAUUUUGGACAGGGCAGUGGACCCAUCUGGAUGGAUGAUGUCUCUUGCACAGGCAGCGAAUCAAAGCUUGGAGAGUGCAGGCACAGAGGGUUUGGAUCACACAACUGUGGACGCAAUCAAGAUGCUGGUGUCGUCUGUGAAGGAUCUAUUAGCACAGUUGUACCCACCACACCUGUUACAACACCUGGGACCAUCACCACCGCUCAAGUGACAGCUGACAUCCUCUCCACCACAACACCCGACAGCAGCUCAGCAGUUGAGGGUGAGGUCCGUCUGGUUAACAGAGGGAACCAGUCCUGCUCUGGCAGAGUAGAGAUCUUCCAUCGUGGACAGUGGGGGACGGUGUGUGAUGAUCAAUGGGGCCUGGCUGAUGCUCAGGUGGUGUGCAGACAGAUGGGCUGUGGCAGGGCUCUGUCAGCACCAUCAGCUGCCUAUUUUGGACAGGGCAGUGGACCCAUCUGGAUGGAUGAUGUCUCUUGCACAGGCAGCGAAUCAAAGCUUGGAGAGUGCAGGCACAGAGGGUUUGGAUCACACAACUGUGGACGCAAUCAAGAUGCUGGUGUCAUCUGUGAAGCUGCUGCACCAGUCAGGCUGGUCAACUCUAAUAACCGCUGCUCUGGCAGAGUGGAGGUCUACCAUGAUGGUCGGUGGGGGACAGUGUGUGACGAUGCCUGGGACCUCAGUGAUGCUAACGUGGUGUGUAGACAGCUGGACUGUGGCCCUCCUCGUUCAGCAUUACUAAAUGCAGCUUUUGGACAGGGCAGUGGACCAAUCUGGUUGGAUGAUGUUGGUUGUUCCGGCAACGAAACAUCAAUAACAGAGUGCAGACAUCCAGGGCUUGGGGUCCACAACUGUAAUCACGUUGAAGAUGCCAGUGUCAUCUGUGAAGACUCUGCACUGCAUGAUCACCAGCUAAUUUGCAGCCCUGAUAAACUUCAAAUGGGGCUGGAUUUGGCUGACCUCACCUCAGGUUUGAACCCAUACUCUGGCAACUUGGCAUCUCUUAAUUGCUCCUGGGCCAGAGUACAAAAUAACAUGGUGUGGUAUGAAGUAGACGCUGUGGAAGGUGCCUGUGGAAACACUCUGACGACCAACCGCACACAUACGAUCUACUCCAACAGUUUAUUUGUCUACCCUGUUAUCAAUGGGUCCUUUAACCUUCCUGUGAGCAUCCCCUUCUCCUGUGCGUAUCCCCUGGAAACAGACACCAGCCUGAAUGUGGCUAUCAGACCAUUCCUGCCGUCGUCAUGGGACAUUUUAGGAUCUGGUUCUGGUGCCGGACCCAGUGCCGUCAUGUCUCUUUUCCGUAACUCCGCCUUCACUGAGACUUUCCCAGCUGGAGGGGUCAACCUGCCACUGGGUUCACCUUUGUACGUGGGUGUCUCUGUAACAGAAAGAGAGCUCAGAUUUGUUGUUGUUCUGGAGGAAUGUUACGCCUCUCACUCAUCCGAUCCUCACUAUUACCAGCGAUACUCUCUCAUCCAGAACAAGUGUUCGACCGAUGCCCGACAGGUGUCUGUGAUUGAGAGCGGCAUGUCUUUGCGUGCUCGUUUCUCUGCCCUGCUCUUCCUGCUGGAGGACGAUUAUAGAGCCAUUUAUCUUCACUGCAACAUAAGCCUGUGUGACCGAGAGAGAUUUUGCUGUGUCCCAUCCUGUCAAAGGAGGAAAUAUUGCUCUGUUUCCAGCUCUGUUGCUAUGGACCGCGUCACCAUUGGACCAAUUGCUUGGGACAAGUCAACUAAGUGAGCUGGUUACACCAACACAUCCCAUAAUGUCAUAUCAUGAAGACGUUUCUCUUAUGCACAAGACAUGAAACUAUUUUAAAAACUGGUUUAACCUUUUAUAAUCAAACUUUUCACACUCACACACAGUCUGCUCUGAUUCUUCUGUCCUUUGUAAUGAUUGUGUAACAAAUCAACAAUAACAAAGAAAUAAUAAAAUGUAUUAAAAAAAAACAUGUUACCAAA